CACGAUCCACUGGAAGGGCCACACGAUGGUGGACGGGGUAGGACCUCUGAGAGAAGACGACACAGCUAAACUAACCUGCAGGAGCACCGGGGCCGCCCGCCUCCGGACCUCUCCUGGUGGAGCGGGGGAGAGGCAGCUCCCCCUCAUAUCCUCCAAGUCCUAUUCGGAUCCCAAGACAGACACCUACUGGUCAGAAGCGGCGGUGUCCAUCAGAGUCCACCGCGCCCUCCAAGGAACCGUCUUCUCCUGCAGGGCGCCUCACGCCCACGGACGAGAACGCCCACCAGAAGGUGAUCUGCGAGCCCAAGGUCUCCUACGUGACGAUGAACGUAACCCUUCCUCCCCUAGACGUCAGCAUCCUGGGACCUGCUGAGGUUACGGUCUCAGCGGGAACUAUGGUGACCUUGACCUGUAGGGCGAUCGGGUCACACCCCCCAGCCCGUCUCACCUGGUGGAGAGGCCACGCCCCCUUGAAGCAUCACGUGACCAAUGCCGUAUCGUCCGACCGUAAUGUAAGCACGGCAGCCCUCACGAUGAAGGUCAGCAAGAACAUGAACGAAGCCACUCUCGCCUGCAUAGCAAACAAUCCUUCAAUCCCGCACAAAUCUGUCACGAGGACUGUCAAGCUUAUUGUUCACUGAGGCCCUCGUAGAACACAACGUGACAGCAGGAGUCGUCGUAAGCGGCCUGUCCCUCGUCAUGAGGAAACUUCAGCCCUUCCACUCCGGCUCCUACACCUGCGGCUCGGCCAACCAGGAAGGAUAUGCCAAGAGCAACCCCGUGGUCCUGACUGUCAGGCACGCCCCCGUGUGCACGGGCGACGUCACGGAACGAGUCCAGGGCGCUUCCAGGGGCGCUCUGACGGUCAUCAAGUGCCACGUCCUGGCGGAGCCGUCGCGGAACGUCUCCUGGAACUGGGUGCGUGUUCGCACGGACGGGACGGAGGAGCGCGUCCCCGGAGACAGGAUCCAGAGCCAGGGCCUCAAUUCCAGCGUGCUGGUCACGCCCCUCCGACAGGAGGACUACGGGAGGUUCAUGUGCCGCGCCACCAACGCCGUCGGGACGCAGAGGAGGCCCUGCGUCAUCAACCUCGUUCCAGCGGGACCUCCAGACGCCCCUAACAACUGCACGGCGGAGCCUAUCACGACUUCGACAUCGGGCGAGGAGCCCAGGGACGCGGCCCUUGCGAUUAGCUGUAUGGCAGGGUUCGACGGGGGGCUCCCACAGUAUUUCCUGCUGGAGGCGUGGCAGGAUGACGUCCUUGUGGCUAAUAUUAGCAGCGAGGUUCCCAUAUGGUUCGUCAGCGAGCUGAGGGCGGGCAUGGGCGUGACCCUCAAGAUCUCCGCCCACAACCCGCGUGGGCGUAGUGACGUCAUCAGGAUUGAAGUUCACACGGCCAGCGCAGACCACAGGGCGGACCCAGAAGAUACAGACAUCGGAAUGUUUGGAAUACCUCCUCUGCUAGGUGGCGUGGUAGGUGUCGGUGGGGUUCUACUCCUACUCCUGAUCACUGGAGCUAUAGUGGCCAAAUACGCCAGGCCUCGCAAGACCCCUACACACAUACACACAUUGGUCAUGACCACUGCGGACAAGUCUACGGGGAAAAAGACAGGCAUCUUUGACCCAGAUGUCGUGACGUCCCUCCGACGUCACACAGAUAGUUUGGACGUGCUACCCAGGGCAGCUUCUUCGACAAGGUCCACUGCUUCUCAGACGCCUGGCCAGAGGCAAGCUUUCAUCCAGACGAACGCCCACGGGCACACUGUUACUAAAGCGUACGUUCAUAAGCAAGGCAACAGACACCCUUCGUUAUCCAGAGGAUUCUGCAUCCGACGGCAGGAUAGCCCCUUCUCCGACUCAGACAGCGACGACUCUGACGAGUCCGAUUCAGACUCAACGUUCACUGACCUCACGGCGGCAGGCAGAGCAGCGGCGCAUCUGUCCUCUUCAGCGGUGGACUGUAGGAGCAAUUCCUUUCCCCGCACCAAUUCCAAGAACAUUCGCCACAUCGCAGCUUCCUACAACUCCCAGAUUCAGUGUUGUCAGGGACCGCAAGUUCUUUCAUCCUCUGAGGGAAAGUUGCAUCAAGUUUCUUGCAUGCAGGGACCACCCUCCUCAUCCAGUCAACUGCAUCACAUAACCACCUCAGCUGGUGAGUUGCACCAGCUUAUAUCCUCCUCUGGGGAGCUUCAACAUCUCAUCACUGCUUCCGGAGGCCUUCAACACAUGACUUCUAGAGGGGAGAUCUGUCACAUUACAUCAACGACAGGGACCCUUCAGCAUCUCACCUCCACUUCGAAGGGGGUGAAGCACCUUCCAAAUUCAUCGGCACUACAGAGUCACAAUCCCUCGUCACAAGAGCCGCAGUAUCAUCGGUCAUCCUCCUUAGACGGUUUGCACACGUUCGUAUUCUCUGAAGAGUUACAACGGUUCCUUACUUCGAGAGAAUUGUGCCAAAUUUCCUACUCAGAGAAGUGCUUUCCUUUUGUGCCCUCUGCAACAAUAUGGGGAACGAUAAACAACUCUAGGGACGCCAUGCCUCUGCAAGGAAGUUCCAGCCAUCACUCUGCAUCACAACAAACAUUGUCAUCAACUGUCAGCAUGCAGCCACUUUCAUCUUCCAUGGACAUCGACACACCAAGUUCCUUUAGAGAAUUAAGGCAAGCUAUGACUAGUGUCAAUACAAACCUCUAUCCCAACAGUGACUCACAGAUGCUUCCAGCUUACCAAGGGGCUCAGCCAGUUCAGAAGGCCAAAGAGUCAGCUUCUCUGGGACUACAAGUAUGUGACUCUGAAGCUUUACACCAUACAGACAUAUCAACUCAGGAGAAUCAGCUUUCUGAACCUUUGUUAUGUGGGGAAUUACUGCCUCCUCCAUCUUUCAGAGAACCUCAUCAGAAGUCUCCAACGGAAGAGCUACCGGGAACUCAAACAUCUGAGAGUCUGCAGCCGUAUACAUUAUUCUCGUCAGUACCACAGUUUACUCCAGGCCCUAUGACACAGUCUGUUUCCUUUUCAGACUUUAAGAAGCAGGCCCCUGUCUCUAUAGAACUGCAGAGUUUUCAGACCUUGAAAUCUAUACAUCCAGUUUUAACCAAUGAGACAAAAUUAGAUAAUGCCCAUGUUUCCUCUUCUGCAUCCUGUGGAGAUUUAAAUCUUAGGUCAUCUUCAGGUGGUGCUAAUGAUUUAACAGCUUACACUCAACCUUUGAUGCCCACACCCUCUCAAAAACUGCAAAAGUUAUUUGAUUCGUCCAGUGAAAUAAGGAAAGCGUCCCCUACAAGUAUAUUACGAUCGCCUAAAUCCACCAUAAGAAAAGCGCACGCGAACCAGUCGCCUGAUAACAUUUCCGUUCCUAGGUCAUUAGACGGUAGAGUGAACAAACCUUCUGUAAGAUUCUGUGACACUCUGAUAACUGAAAAAGGCCCCAAAAGAAAUGCAGGGACCUUAACGAGCAACGAACCGAGUGAGUUUUGUGGGAGGCCCAAACAAGUGUCGUUUGCGGAAACCGACGUGAGUGACCAAGUGUUGAUUAGGAAGACGGCAAAAACCGACGGGUCCAAAGCUAGUGCAAAGAGAUGUGCUCAGUUGUUCACUACGGACGAGAGUGGUUAUGUGAGUAAGAUUCCAGCCGGGGAGAUCCCAAGGACUACGAAAGAGAGUGAAAUGCUGGACGCCGCGUUGAGGGAUCUCCUGUCCUUUGACCCGAGUCCCAUUAAGUUCCCAAAUCCCAAAGACGCGAAGAGUGCGGAGCCUGUAGCCUCGUCCCCGACAAAGCCUCCUAGGGGCGUCACCCACAGCGGUCGUCAGAUUUACCAGGCAGCUCCUUCAAAACCGUCCUCACUGAACCAGUCUAAGGAAUCAGACGAAGGGUCCACCAACGCUGCUGACAAAGAGAGUUCCUGAUAUACGAGAGAUUAAAGCUUAGGUCAGAGACUACGUUAACCUUACUUAACCUUGUUUAACCUACCCCAGUGCUCCUAGACACCCAACGAAGGCAGGGGAUGGGGAUUUUGAUACUGAACGCACUAAAGGUGGUUAUGAUAGAUGGGAAGUUGAUUAUUCUCUAUAUGGUUUCUUACUAAUUCUUCGUGUACGGAACUAAUAAAUUGACCAAACUUCAUGUGACUGAAUGACCUUAUUUGGGGGAGGGUGGGUUGUUAUGUGAGUGAACACAUUCGAG